AUGAAAAAAUUAAUAAUAGUAUCAAAAUUGUAAUUAAACAAAAAAAAGUAAGAAGAAAUUGAUCAUAAAUUAAUUAAUUUAAAGAAAGAAAGUUUGUUUGUUUUGUAAUUGAAAGACAUAAUAAUGAAAUAUUAUAAAGAAGAUAUUUUAGGGAGAUGGACUGCUAAAUUUAAAGAUACUUUAUUGGAAUAAAGUUUUCAUAAGGAAUGCUUUUCUAAAAGAUUCAAGAUAGCUUAUUUGAUAUGUGUCCAGAUAAUAGUUUUCAGUUCAUUGUAGAUUAUUUUUUUCUCUGAGAGAACUAUAAUGUUAUAUUCUUAGAUCUUUGCUCCCUUAGUGUUAAUGGUCCUCAUAAAAUUCAUACCAAUGAAAUACUCUCAGUAUUUAAUUAUGAUUGGAUAAAUUUAUUCUACCUUUAGUAUUUGUUCAAGAAAUACUAAAGAACCGCACAAGAGUUUCGAGAUAUAUUAUAUAAACGGAAUUGUAUAUCAUUCUUUAAAUAAUCAUUUACUAUAUCAUUGA